UAUAUAUAUAUAUAUAUAGUUAUAUAGUUAUAUAUUAUCUCACCUUGCACAGUUGAUCAUAGUAAUAUGGUAUCUCAUAUUAUUGUAGACCAACCCCACGAUGCUGCAUAGGAAGGUCAGCAGUAAUUCUUAGUUAAAUUUCAUUAAGAAACAGCUAUUUUUUUAAUUCUCACAUAACUCAGUUCUUGAGCCAAUUUGCAAUAUUCUUAGGAAGUAUUGCCUAGGUUUGGUUCAUAGGUCAUAUCUUUCACCUGAUCAUAAGGUGUAAUGGAACCAUUUAGAGUACAUACGUACUGGGAUGUAUACACAUGACCUAUGCAAAUUGUUGUAUGUGGGAGAAAAAACAGAUAACUUUCUUUGAUGUAAGCAUGUAUCUUUAUCCACUGUUUUUUUGCUGCACUUUGGCAAUCACUGAUGUUCAUUUAUGUUCUCAAUUUAAGAACUCUUAAUCUGAGCGUAUUAAGAGAGAUUCAUUGUGUGCUAAUUUAUAGUAGAGACGGUUGGUAGACUAGUGAGAGACUGCAAAUUGGCCGAUGGUGUGUAGAAAAAUAAUCAAAUCAAAUUGUUUAUUCUACUAUUCUGUUUGAUAUUUCGAUUGUGAAGUGCAUUUAAGUACUUCCGCGUUUCUAUUUGAGUGGAUGCUAAGAAUACUACUCCCACAAAAUAUAAAAUAUAUGAGAUUAGCAUUUGGUGUAUAAAUGCCACUUCCGAUGAGAUUUUCCUUUUAGGAUUUUGAGUGCUAAGCGCUUGGGCCUGGAAUUUUGGAUUUGUUCACUUAGAUUGACCGCCUGUUGUUGCUGAUGGUUUUGGAUUCUUCUGUUUUACUAAUCUUGGUCAACCAAAGAUGAAAAGGUUACCCAUAUGCACUAUAGUUCUGAUACUCAUACAUAUAAUAUAUGGUCAACCAAAGAUGAAAGGGUUGGUACACAGUCCUUCAAAAUUUAAAGAUCAAUCUCUUCCUUUUGCUUCUGAUUCAUUUUCUUGACUGACUUGGUUGAAGGCAGAACAAGUAUUUAACUUUCUGAAGUAUUGAUUAAGCAUUCCUAGAGAUUUCCCUGUGACCUCAGUAGAGAAUCUUUGAUCCCGGGCUGUUUUCUGCCAAAUGAUGCAUAAUAACAUUAAUGUCCCUUUCUGCGCAAACAAGUAAAUUAUAUAACAUGAGAUCAGAUUAUACCAAAUAAUAAACACCUGGAAAAUAUUGGUCGUUACAAUUUGUUCGUCUUCUUUGUUUUCCUCAAUAACAUUUUUUGCACUGUUGUUUUCACCCUCCACAGUUGUGAAAUUUUGGUUGUACAGCAUGAAAUUUUAGCUCCGAAUUCAGGUAGCAAUUGAUUGGUUGGCUGCUUUUUUGAAGGGAUACACAGUCUGGCUCCUUCUAAUCUGGUCUGAAAGCAAAACCUUGAAAGCUUUGUUACCUCAAUCUUUUCAUGCUUCCUUAAGGACAUGCAAUCAUGGUUUUCAUUCCUGCAACCAUAUAUUCAAAUUGGUCAUUUUCUUUCAACUUAGAAAUAUAUAGAUCUGAUGUUUGGUAUUUUGAUCUUCUCAUCACAGUUGAUCUCCUUUUUGUUUGCUGGGUUCUGCAAAACACACAUAUUGUCGGAGUUCUAAUUCUUGAAUGGGAAAGCCAUAGAUUUAUAGACAGAAUGUGCUUCUUUAUUCAGCUUUUCAGGUUAAGCACCACUAACGAAAUUACCUGGACAAGAAAAUCUGAACAUCAAUGCAACCUGCGUUGUUAUUUGCCAUGGAUCUCCACUGAAAAUAUCUGCUAAAAAAAACUUACAUAUUUGGUUGCUGAGGAGGUGGUGGCGUACUGCCCGUGCUACUAAUGAGGAGGUGGCUUACUGCCCGUGCUGCUGAGGAGGAGGUGGCUUACUGCCUGUGCAGCUCUCGCUCCUUCCGCUAACGGUUGUGACGAGAUCAUUCAGUCGCACCGCCUCAAUCCAAUCUGUCAUACCCAGAAGACGAUCUUGGCGUCCUGUAGGGACGAGCUCCGUGCCUCUGGGUUCUGGUUUGAGAACGAGUGGGCCAAGAUGAUCAUAGGAAGGUUGCCAUGGACCUUGCUGCGUGGUCUUCAAACUAUCCCAUUUAUUGUAGAAAGUGAAGGAUGUGAGCGAAUUGUGAGCGCAGCAAUCGGCGCAAAUAUUAUUAUAUACUUGACCAACGAGUACCAUAUGGGCAUUGCAACAAUUGCAGUAGUUUUAUUUGCCUAUCAAGCGGCUAUGAUCACCAGUUCUUCAAAAUAUUACAGGGAGAGAAAAAGUACUUAUAAGCAGAGGAUGGGCAUUAGCGUUAUGUUUUCUGUUGCAUCUGCUCUUGCAGCAUCAGCAGUGGUGGUUGUUCGGAGGAAGAAAGCAAUAAAGCAAGGCUUGGGAGACAAUGCUCAUGGGAUUGUAAACAUUGGACAGAUCGAAUUCUACUUUGUUGUGCUACCAAAAUCAAUGGGUAGCUUAGCAUUGGCCCUCAUGCUCCUUGCAACGGGUGUUGCAAACAUUGAAGCAACAAUGAUUGUCAAGCUUGUCAAACUGGUCACAGGUAGCGGAGGAAGAGUGAGCUGGCUUCCAGAUAAUAUAAACCAUGGACACUAUGACUACUACUAUUGUCUGCUUGCCCUGCUUGGUGUUGCCAAUUUCAUCUAUUUUGUUGUUUGUUGUUACUGGUUUGAGGAACCAACACCAAACCAACUUGUUGAAUCUUCUGGAGAUUAACAAGUCAAGACAAAACACAAUAUAGUUGUUGUGACAUAGUUUUUACAGACACAUGUAACCUUCCUAUCUAGUGGGCCUAGUGUGUUUUCUCUUCUUUAUGAAUCUCCGUUAUUAUGCAUUACAUUUUUUUA